AUGUCGCGAAUGCACGUGACUAACGCGUUUCGCGUGCGGUUCCCAAUUCUAAUUGUCACGGCCCAGCCGCGUGAAUAUCAUGUUGAGGAGAUGGAGACGCAGGAUAGUAUCGAUAUCGCCAAGCUGCAACGCGUCGCGUUGGGGCUAGAGCACGAACCAUCCCAGUCAUUCUUUUCCGGCCCAGCAGGAAUUGCCCGCGGUUCACCACAAGAGCUCAACCAUUUCAGUCACUCCCCUGCUGGUCGUUCCCAUGGUGGGAUAUCGCAGACCGCCGUAGGUUUAUCCUCGACAUCCUCAUCGGCUGCAACCUCUACCAUCAAACGACCCCCUACUCCUUCGAUCUCGUGGCAAUAUGAAACAAACCCCGUGAAUGCCAUCCACACUGCGACCGACCGAAGCAAAGCGAAUCCGGUGUCUUCAGCACCAUCUGGAAAAAUGGACUCCGCCGAGCCCGCCCCUGGCGACACCCAGGUAGUUUCGCAGUCGGUUUAUGAUAGCAUCAUCCGACAGAAUGGGGAAUCGAUGUACAGGGGACUUUCACAAAAUGGGGCGGAUGGCGCAACACUCAGGACAUUGCACGAGGGCGAUAGUGGUCACAUUGACUUGCUUUCCGAAUUCGACACUGGACGUCACGAACCACAUCUGUCACCUGGCCACGAUGAGGAAAGCAACUACGACGGAAACGAAUCUUCUCCAUUGGCCUUUCAGCCCGAGUUCUUCCCCGAGUCCCAGCGUUUCAUGGCCAUGACCCCGGGGACUGCUGUGAAAAUGAACCAGGACACUCCGAGCACAUCUGUGCGAACUCCCAGCACCUCGCGCAACCCGUUGGCCGGCGAUAUUGAGUCAAGCGGCGGUCUGCUAGCUCUGAGCCAGCUUUUCAAAGCAACCCAGGCGCCUUCAUCUCCCCUGGUUAAUAACCUGCAGUCAGAGCUGCUGUCCGACCGUCCAUCGCCGAAUCUCCCAAUUCAACAUCCCCGCCUUGCGAACGCCAUUUCCUCGCCGUUAACGGAACGGCCGUUGAAUUUUCUAAGAGAAUCGUCGGAACCAAAUUUGAACUACAUAUCUCUGAAAGAGUCACAGUCCAGGCGCGACAAGUCCCUGGGAGAGAGACUUAUCCGUUCGGCUGAUAACAUGCAGGCGAGCGAUGAGCUCGACCAGGUAUUCUACAAGGAGUCGAGUUUUGUUGAGAAUGCACGACGCCAGCGCCAAAUCGAUGGUGAAACUGCGGCUCAAUUUGCGGCCCUAAAUGCUCCUUCCAGAUCCGCUACCGGAGUAGAUACCUCGCCAAGUCGCCACAAUAAUGAAUCGCUGCCAGAGGAGCCUGCACUAGAAGUUGCAGGAAGUGAAGAAGAGACAGAGCAAGAAGAUGAUCUCGGCCCACAAGUGCCUCAGUCGCAAGAAAUUCUCCAGUCCUCAGAAGAGGACAAAGAGAACUACAUCGGUCCUCCUUUGCCUGUGGAUGCUACUGGAAGCGCACACGAUCGUCUCUCCCAAGUACUAGCUGUUGACGAACAUCAAUCAAUGGCGGAGCAAAGCAUUGGACUUUCUGGCCAAGGCCGUGCGGCCUCUCCGGGACAUAGCCAGUAUCUCGGCCGGUCCUCGCAAGUCAUGGUGAAGGACUCUCAACAGACACCACAGCAGUCUCCGAGACUUAAUGAUCAGAUAUCGAAGGUACCGUCGCCGAGCUAUAUAAGUGUGUUUGACGAAACUUCCGAUGUCGAACGACCUUCACCUGUGCGGCAACGCCUUCAAUCAUCACCGCCGGGUGCUCGACUAAAGGAGGGAUCAUGGCCAGAAUCCAGUACAAACAUACAAACGCACCCGUGUUUGGUGAUUCAAGCUACCUCGUCAAACGAGACUAGACAAAUCCAGUCUAGCAAUGCCUCAGACCAGCAAACCUCUGGUCCAAUUCCUAAGGGGACAGAGACGGGUCUUGAGAACAAAUCAUCUUCGAUGCCUUCGCGUGUAACAGAAACUCCAGUUCACAUGAGACCUCAGAUAAGUGAUAUGGCUCGAAUGACGAGCAUUCCUGAGACUAGUCCCAACCGGAAUCGAUCCAAUGAGUGGGAGGGUGGCUCAAAUCGCGACGGUCUCAAUAAUGAAGAUGACGAUCUUCCUCCUAUGUUCACUGCCGAACGCAUUCGAAAUCCCCGACCCCGGCCCUCUCAAACUCGCGCACUUUCUUCCCCAAUCAAAACGAUACAGACGCAAGUGCAGUCCCAAAUUCUAUCUAGUCCCAGUGGAAGGCAGCGCCGAGCGUUGACUGCCAUUGCUGCAGAUGCCUCGCCCCAGACGGACCAUAAGUUUGGAGAUUUCGGGCUAGAUUUCUUUAUGGCCGAGGAUGAUCAGUUUAGCGCUCUUGUUGGUGACGGAUCCCCGACCCGCCCGCGAAAGAAGCGUCGUGGAAAUUUGAGCCAAAGCCUCCAGACAUCUGAAAUCGCUCUUCCGGCUACUCCCCGCGCACAGCCCCCAAAAACCGUCGCCCCGACCCAACCACACUGGAGUGCUGAGAAGGCCAUGUCACAGUCACAGGAAAUUUCGGCAGUUCAAGUGCCAACAACCGUAAUUCGCAAGCAGGUGAAGCCCUCUGCGCGGCCGUCUUCUCGGAGAAAUGAGAAUGUCUGGGAGAUUGAGAGUCCGCAGCGUGUCGUUCGCCGGAGAUCAAGGUCAAGGCCCGGAAGAAUAAUGACCUCGCAUGAUCCCGCACCGCAGCGUGUGCCGGUGAAGUUCCCAGAAGAGAGGCCGCCUGUGCGUCCAGUCGUUGUUCACAACCCUCACUCAGCCCUGUCGUCUGAGCUCACGGAUGUCGACCUGCCUUUCGAGAUUUCAAUGCUAUCAAAAAUCAAUGCCAUCGAGAGCGCUUCAAGUCCACCUCAAUUAUCCCACAUCGGCGCAUGCCGGGACGACGCUCAAACUGUUGCACCAAAUCAGGUUCUUGCUAUAUGGAUGGGGCAAAAGCGGGCGUAUUAUCCUGCGACCUGCUUCGGCACACCCCUUGGGGGUUCUCAGAGCAAAUAUUCCGUCAAAUUUGAUGACAGUGUUCCCGUUGAAGUAGUGAGAGGUGCCGUGAAGCGCCUUGAACUGCGGGUGGGAGAUGAAGUCAAGGUUGACAUGCCUCAUAUUCCCAAAAUCGCCCAUGUCAUUCGUGGAUUCGACGACAAGCUCACUAGGGAGGAAAUUGUUCGUGCCGCAGGGAAUGGCCUCUAUCCGCAGACAGAUGUAUAUGGGCACACCACGGUGAUUGUUGCGCCCAAGCAACGCAAGAGUCUGCCCAAUUCCAGCUUAGAUACUUCCGAAAACGUGACCAAGGUGCCGAUUUCCCGAAUCUACAUGGAUACUAUCCUAUGGAACCGUUUCAAAGACCGAGCAUAUACCUACAAGCCUGAAACUGCAGCACCGGCGAACACCUCCCGAGCUCCGUCUGUGAGACCCUCACUUCCAGCCUCCCCAAACACCCGCGUUGCCCGCAGCAUCCACGACCUCACUGGCAUCUUUGCAAAUAUGGCAUUUGCCGUUUCCUAUAAAGAUGAUGAAGACUCAAAGAACCGCGUCACAAGACUCAUCCGAGAAAAUGGUGGCUCGCUAUUACACGACGGAUUUACAGAACUGUUUGAAACCGCAUCUAUAAAUCUUGUUGAGACGCCCAAGAAAGGAGGCGCGAGUGAUGGAAACUCCAGUGUCAAUGGUCUGUCUCUUACCGGGCUCGCGGAGGAUAUUGGGUUCACAUGUUUAAUUGCCGAUACACAUUCUCGCCGUGAGAAGUACAUGCAGGCGUUGGCACUGAAUGUCCCAUGUUUGUCCGGUCGCUGGGUUGAAGAUUGUGUUGCUAAAGGUCGCGUUCUCGACUGGGACAUCUACCUUUUACCGGCUGGAGAAUCUAAAUACCUCAACGGGGCCACGAGAUCCCGAAUUAUGUCGCAUAUCUCCCCGAUGGACGCUCGCUUGUUUGACACUAUCGCCACACGACCAAAAUUACUUGAUGGGAAAUCUGUACUUAUUGUUAUGGGGCGUGGAAAAGCAGAAGAAAAGCGCAAGGCUUACGUCUUUCUCACCUUUGCUUUGGGCGCCUCUCGUGUGGAACGUGUCCCUGAUCUCGAGACGGCCAAGGCAUUGUUGGACUCCCAAUCCGAAGCCUCCCUCCCUUCCAGUUGGGACUUCAUCUAUGUUGAUGAUGCAGACCAGGCUGCUGCAAAAUCUAUGUUGGCUCCUUGUCCCCCAACAACACAGACUAUCCAUUUGGUACAUGGAAGGAAACGGAGGAGAUCGACUGUGACAAUGUCGAGACCCAGCCUGGCGUCUCUACUUAGCCCACAGGUCGUGGGAAAUGAGUUCGUCUGCCAGAGUUUGAUUCUGGGACGAUUAUUUGAGGAGUGA